AUGGCCGUUUUGCAGAGACGAAGCCAUAUUUUUGGCCGCGACGAUAGUCUCUUUACUCUUUAUCUGGAGAGGCUGCCGCCUUCGCUGGAGGCACGCACAAAGGACGUAUGCCUCACGAUCCAUACGCCGACAGGACUGACGCUACUCGACGACGAUGCAGAUGCGCCAUUCACCGAGAAUGAAUGUGUCGCUAUUCUUUACGAUGCCUGCUCUGCGCUCGCCUAUCUGAAGGAGCGUGGCUGUUUCCAUAACAAUAUUCAGCCAGCGCACAUCAGCAACUCGCCGGAGCGCGGCGCCGUCUUGCUGGCUUCAACAAGGCCACAACUGCUGACGAUCCACGGUUUGUAG